AUGGCUUCUAAUUAUACACCAUCCGAGUCUCCUGAUAACAUAUCAGAAUGCUCAUCAACAUCUUCAGGUUCGUCCAAACUCAAAGAUGAAUUACUCAAUGAAAUCUUAAUGUGCGGUAUUUGUCUUUCACGUAUGACAUCUCCAUGCUGUCUUCCAUGUGCCCAUUCGUUUUGUCGGUCAUGUUUACUCGAUUACGCUCAAAAUACGACGAUCAAUUCCAACACUCCGAUCAAUUUCAUUAUGUGUCCAUAUUGUAAAUACCAGUUGAAUUUUCGUUCAUUCGAACAUUUCGAAUCAAUGUUAAUCAUCAAUCCGAUUCUCAAGCAACUCUGCGAAACUUUGGAUGCGUCAAAAACCACCACCUAUGAUCAACAGCAGAAUCAAGUCAAUGGAAUCUAUCGCGCACGAUGUCAUACCUGUGGUCUACUCAAAAUGCUGAAAAUCUGCAAACAUUGUGCGUUCAUGCUCUGCGAGACAUGUCGUCGGACACAUUUAUUAGACGUUCAUCGUGAAAGUAAAUUACAAUUAACAACUCUCGAAUCACGACUCGAAUCAAUCAAUAAAAAACGGCUGGAGAUGGACAAGCAAGCAGAAGAAUACGAUAAAAUUCGUCAACAGAUUCAGACCUAUGUUCAACGAUUCAUUCACGAAAUCGAACAACAACGUGAUCAAGCUCUACAGAUCGUCAACGAACGUCAACAUGCGAAUGAUGAAGCAUUCUGGACAGGAAAUGGUUUCGACAACGGCGAAAAAUUAGACUUUUUCAAUUCAUUACUUCGUACGGGUCAAAAGAAACUCUUCGCUAAAAAUAUUACCGAUAAAGACCUGAUGGAUCUAUCUGAUAAUUUACAAACAAUGCCGGAUGUGAAUGAAAAACUAAUCGGAUCUAUUCAAUUCACCCAAUUACUGCUCGAACUCGAUGACACGUUUGCGAAUAAACAAUUCAUUCGCGUGUAUGAUACUCAGGAAAUCAGCAAGAAAAAUGAUAAUAAUGACCAAACUAAUGAGAUGAAAUCAUAG